AUGAAAUUCCUGGUUGUUCUCGGCGCGCUCGCGAUACAGUGCGCCGCUACGAAACCAUGGAGCAACGUUAGUUAUCCAGAGGAGACGUUCUCCCUGUUUGGUUGGAUCGGUUACUUGAAACGCCUUUCUCUGAUACUGCUGAUGCUGUCUGGAGUGAUUCUCUACUAUGUCCCAGAAUCGCGUCCACACGCGCGCAGAAUUUGUUACACGUUGAUCGAUUUCACAGCGAACAGUUUGAAAUUAGCGCUGAGCGCGCGUGAAAACGAUUACCUGUAUGACAAGAUCAAGUCCAAGUAUCAUAGGGCAAGGUACGAGCAGUCCUUAUUAGCGCAGAAACGUCGUUUCGAGGAUUUGGAACGCGUACGCUCGGGUCACGGCAAGAAGGCGAAAGCGUCCAUCGACAAUGAUGAAUUGCCAGGGGUUCGGGAAAGGAGGAAACUAAGCGGGAAGCAAAGUAAAGAUUGUCGACAAUCUCGCCAUCGGCUUCGAAGCAGUGCUAUUAAAACUUCACCAGAACCUUGCAUGGAAGAUGACAAAUUGAUGUAUUUUUAUUCUGACAAACUGGAAGAACUUCAAAAAUACGUGAAAACAAGUAUGUGCGACACGAAACGGGCCAGUGGGACGGCCAUUGAAAAUUACGCACUUUUAAUCAGCGGUAGUCCACGACAAAUGGCAAUGCUCGAUGAAAAAUACGAAAAGGAUGAUGUCGUAAUUGUUGAGGAUCCUUAUCUAAGAGUGGAGUACAAAGAAUGUGGCACAUCUACCGAUAAACUGUCAUCGAAGGGGGAAGUUUCGGGUUCGGAGCUUGAGGGACCAACCAGAGAUCAUAAUGACAACGUAACAGACUCAGGAAUGGAGACUUACGUUAAAGACGUUGAUUUAACCUCCGCGCCAGAAGUCAACACGAGGUAUUCUGAUUAUACAUCUUUGUAUCAAACGAGUCAAUAUCAGUGCGGUGGUGAAUGCUGUGGCCUUAACGGGUGUUCUAUGUCUUCUGGGGAGUUGAACAGCUACAAGGAAGAUCUCAAUUUGAUGUCGCCCAUUGAUAUUAAAAACGUACUAAAAUCGUCUCGGAGUAUGGUGACUCCCAAGACGCGCACCAGAAUAGACGAAAACAGUGAAAGUUUAUUCACCAUCAAUUACAACGAUUAUGGUUGCAAGACUCGACUACUAAAAUCCAAUAAUGUGAGCAACGAGCGCAAAGUUAAUUUUCUAAACGAGGAGAAGCAAGCACCACGGAAACGCGAGAUGACUGCACGCCAGCACGAAAAUACGACCAGAAUCAACCGCAGGAAAAAAUCAAGAAACAGCAACUUGUCACCAGGGUACUGUUGCAGCGACAGUUAUUACUAUACGGAUCGAGGAGGGGAAGCCGACGAUGAAAAUUCUCUGCACAGAGGACGAGUAACAACUGCAAAUCCUGAUCUCGACGAGAGGCCUCAGAGAGAGAACUAUGUUAUCGAUACGAAUUCAGACGAUUCGAUCUUCGAUUACAACUGCGAGGAUUUUCCUAGACCUAUCUUGAAGAAUCAACUGAAACCUGCCCUGCUGCGAGCGGUAAAUUGGAUCUUCGGCGGUUGUCCGGAGGCUUCGAGGAGAGCUGCAAUGAAACGCAGCAAGGUCGGAAAGGAAGAGAUCGAAGGGUUCUCCGACGAGUGGCUCCUCUAGCUAAACACGUUAGACCAGUGCUUGAAAAGACUCGAACCGUCGGCAAAAUUAUCGACCUGCUGUACCAAACUAUUCUAAUCACGUUCGAAUCGUUACAGCCACCUUACGAGUCAAUUAAGUAUCGUACGUUCCUCGUACCCCAACGAUUGCAAAAUAAAUCUGAAAUUCCCAUCGCCAGCGUUUGUUUUGCUUGCCACAGGGGGAAACGCGCGUGCACACGGCUAGCUAGAAUUAUCAACCGAAUGCCUGUGUUCCCUAGAACGGAGAAUUUACAAACAGAUUUCCCCGUAAUUCCAAUGGCGCGUCCGGAAGUAUUCGAACUGCGAAUUCCGAGAAGCCGUAAACGAUUUUACAACUUCGGCCGUGGCUCAUUCUCACUGUCAAUAUUUGCCGCGAUCCCGUCGAUUCAGAAGCACGGGCCACGCUAAUGAUUCAUACCAAUGCUGAAUGGACACUCAUCCUCGCGCCAAAUUCGAGGCGAAGAGAGCUCGAAUGGAACCUUCCUUUCAGAGAUGAACAAAAUUCUUGUCUGAAUUUAAAGUUUGAACGAGUAAAAGAUGAACAACUGGCGAAUAGACAUAAAUUUAAUAAAUUAUAGCCUUUUCAGAUG